AUGAAUAAUAAUGUCGUUGUUUUUAGUAGGGUGAAUUAGAAUGAGGAAAGUGAAACAUCAUCAGCUUUACCUGAUUAAAUGGAAUCUUAGGUAGAGUAUUUGAAGACAAAAGUGAAAUUAUGCACAUAAACUUUAAAGAGUAGAUAUAUGAAUUAGAUUUGUUAGCUUAAGAAGCAUAGAUAAAGUAAUUGAGAUAGGAGAAUGAAAAAUUAAGAUAGUUAAAUGCAGACUAUGUAAAUUAGAUGAAUUAAAUGGCAUCAGAUAAAUAUUAGAAGAUAGAGAAGAUAGUUGUUACUUAAUAAUUUUUUGAAUAGAAGAAUAUUGAUAAACAAUUAAAAGAUUUUAUAAGGAAAAUGACAUCAAAUUUUGGUGGUUUAGAAAAGAGUCAUGUUAAAUUAAUAGAUCAUUGUAAAGUGAUGGAACAUGAUUUGAAUUAUUAUAAAUAAAGAGUAGUUGAUGCAGAAGAGAUAAUAGAGAAUUUAAGAAGUGUAGGUAAGAACAGUGUAGCAGAGUUGAUGGAUGAAUUAAAAGGAUUAUAAAAUUAAGUGGAUGAUUUAACAAAUCAUUUACAAAAGUCUUAAUUUGAUUUAGCAGUGAAAUAAGGAGAAUUGGAAAGGAAAUAAUAAGAAUUAGAUGAUUAGGUAGCAUAUUGUGAAUAAUUGUUACAUGAGAUAGAUGAUAUAAAGACAAAAUAGAAUAGGAUUUUGAGUGAUAAUAUAGAGUAAUAAAAUAAAGAUGCAAAGAUGGUAAUUGAUAAUGAUUGAUAGUGUAGAUUUAUUAAUUAAAAUUGAAGAGUGAUUUUUUAGAACAUGAAAGAAGAUUAGCAUAUUAAGAUGCCUAAUGUGCUAAUUAAGAGAGGAAUACUAUGUUGGCGUAUUUAUAGAUAAAUAAUAAAAUUUAGUAAAUAAUAAAAUAUAGAAACAGAGUUGGAUAUGUUAAGAACAACAACUGACAAUUUCUUAAAGAAAAAUAAGCACAUCUUCAAUUUAGCUGGACUUCCAAAAGUGUAGUUCAAAUGA